AUGGAGGGAGAGAGGGAGGACCGGGGAGAAAGUACGGAGAGUGGGACGACUUCUACCCAGGUUGACACAACGACCCAGGACUGCGGUGAGGACCGCGCCCAAAACGUCCAGGAGACAACCGGAGACAACAGGGUCGACAGUGAAGCCUGGGAUGGAGUCGUUGACCCCGUGCAGGAGGUUGGGGAGGAUCUAUGUAUCGAUGUCACAGACACCCCGCCACAGGAGAGUCUGACACCCACAAAGACACAGGACAAUGCUGACGGCCUCCCAUCGUCCCCCCUGCCAGCCGACGAGGAGGUGACCCCCCCUUCAGUGUCAUCUCAUCCCUCCGACCAACAGAAUCGUUCCUCCGAGCCCUGCUGGUAUUGCAUGAGGUCUCUCGACUCAGAGUAUCGUCCUGAAACUCCGGAGCAGGAAGACUCGGUUCCUUCGUCACCACUGCUCUCUAGUGGCCAGAAAGUGAGCUACCAGACCGACCCCCGCCCUCACUUCGGUGUGGCCUGGUCAUCCCACUCCACCUGUCGCCCUCUGUGGGGCAGCGAGGGGCCCUGCUGGGGGCAGCGGCACCAGGACGCGCCCAACCAGAUGCACACGUGUCCUCACUGUCAUCUGGGCUUGCCCCCGGAUACCCUGCGGUGGCAUGAGGCUAAGUGUGUGCUGUUUGACGGGCAGAGGAACUCAAACGCAUAAACUGAGUCAUCGUCAGAGAGAAACGCUGCCUGCACUUAAUACAAAAUAACAGGCCUGUCAACUCUCUGUGUUAAUGCACCCAGGACUUUGCACCAAAAUGUUCAAUAUCUGUUUCUGCUGGUGAAAAAGUCUGUUUAC